AUGAACCGAGCGUUCGAGGACAUUGACCUUGGGGAAGAUGGUGUGAUCACGAAGGAAGAGUUCGUAAAGAUGCACUCUGAUGACUUGACAACGGAAGAGAUAGACUUUAUCUUCGAGAAGUUCGAUAAGAACAAGAGUGGCAAAUUGAAUAAAGCGGACAUCCGAGAAUGGCUGAAGAACAAAUUUCGUGAACAAUUGGGUCUCAGAAAACUCGUCUGGCCUGCAUUCGAAAAAGUUGAUCUGAGCGAGGAUGGAGCAAUCACGAAGGAGAAAUUAUUAAAAGUCAAUUCCGGACACCUCACCGAGGCUGAUGUCAACAAAAUAUUCGAGGAAUUCGACAAAAGUAAAAGCGGAAAGCUGGAUAAAUCCGAAACUCGUGCUUGGAUAGUAAGGAGGCUUGUUCAUCGCACAUUCCGCAAAAUGGAUCUCAAUGGGGACGGAUACAUUACCAAGGACGAGCUUCUGAAGAGCAAUGAAGGCAAUUUAACCGAGGAGGAGGUGACUGUCAUAUUCGAACGAUUCGACAAGGACGAAGAUGGAAACAUCGGUAAAGAGGACGUUCGGUUUUGGCUACAGAUCGAAGGCCCUCUCUCAUUCGAUUUUCACAAGCUUGUAAGAAGAGCGUUCGACGGUAUGGAGCUGGAUAAAGACGGCAAAAUAUCCAGAGCGGAUUUUGAAAAGGCUAAACACGGUCGGCUAUCCACCAACGAAAUCAAAAUCUUAUUUGAACGAUUUGACGAAAACGAAACCGGUUUUAUCGACAAAGCCGAAGUUCGAAACUGGCUACAGUCGGAGCCUCAUCAAAAGUGA